AUAUGCAUAUAAUGAUUUUUUUUCAGACAAGUUUGGCUAGAUACAAAUUUAUAUAAAUAUAAGAAAAAAGAAAAAAACACUAUGAUGUGCAGCUUGUGACAUAAUUGGUGUCAUGGUCAUUAUCGUUUCAGUGCUUCAUUUGUUCAGAAGAGAAAUAAGCCUGAUUUUCUCAUAUACACGAGAUGACUGUCACACUGUGUAUUUUAGUAGGAUUGCCAGCUGUUGGAAAAACAACUUUAGUCGAAUUACUAAGAGAACACAUGAGCGACACGAAUUUGCACGUUUGUGUUGUCAAUUAUGAUGAGUUGCUGCCGAAACAUAUUGUGUUCCAUGAAGUUGCAACUGCAAAUCCAUGUAACAACGUCGAUGCAAGCAAAAGUGGGUUAUAUAGCAAGAACGAAUGUUGUAUAAAACAUUCAUUACCAAGCAAAAGCGAACGGUAUGAAAGUAGUCAACAGUCUUGGAAAUAUUAUCGAAACCAGGUAUAUGAAUUUACUUCCGAAACAGUGAAGUGGUUACAAGGUGGAAAUAUCUUUCCUGAGAAUGCCUUGUCGAGAGAUGUUAAUAACCUUUGUUGUUGUUUUACGUCCAAGCAAAAAAGAGCUAAAAGUAUACGGCAUGUGUUUUUUAUUGAUGACAAUAUGUUUUACAGAAGCAUGCGGUAUGAAUAUUUCCAACUUGCUCGUCUACUCGAAUGUUCAUAUUGUCAAAUUUUUAUAAAAGGUAACAUACAAGACUCUAUCAACAGAAAUUCGAACAGAAUCGGAAGUAUUGUAACUGAGGAUACCAUUAUUAAAAUGACAGCUUUGCUGCAGGAACCCGAUGUAGUCAGACAUACUUGGGAAAGCAAUACAUUUGUUUUGGAGAAUAGAACGCCAUUCAGCGACGAACUUGUGAAAGAUAUAUACAAAUUUAUAAACAAGUCCUCGGAAAAUAUUGUUUCACCAAUCGUUGAGAAAAAUCUUGACAUAUUGGAAGCUGACCGGAAACAAUGCUUGGAAAAUCUUCUACAUCAGUGCGAUCAAAUUACUCGAAAAUAUUUAUCAACCUACAUGAGCGAUUGUAAAACGAAAUGCGAAAGUAAGGACGAGUUGCAGAAGAUGGGAAAGAGGUUAAAUAAGAAAAGAAAAGAAUAUCUUAACAUGAUUACAACCGGAGAAAUUUCUUUCUUCGACUUACAAAAUAAACCUUUUGACGAUGUUUUCACAGAAAGAGUAGUUGAAAAGUUUCGAGGUUUCUUAAACGAAUGAAAUCUGCUUAACUAAGUUUUACUUUUCAAUUUUGAUUUUAUAUUUGUUUACAAUGCAAUUCUUUUACCUUGAAGAAUGUAGAAUGCAUUUGGUUGA